CUUGUCCAUCAUUUUGUCCUCGUCGCGUUCAACAAACGCCGUCAUGAACGAGAAACCAUCUCUGUUGGGGGAGCUCGCAGAGCCCCCCGCUGUUUCACCGCCGCGAAGAAUCAGGAGAACCAGACUGAGUUGGGUGCUGAGAUCUCUGUUCACCCUAGCUUUGGCACUCUUGCUCGUGAUCGGUUACGCACACUUUGCGCUCGAGGGGGACAACCAGUCGCCAUUUAAGCAGGAAGAUAAGGCAUAUUUUGACACUGUUGAGGCCAGCUACACUGAAUGGAAGGUCCCGCUCGAUGUCCACAUCAUGUCCAAGUGUCCCGACGCCCUGUAUUGUUUGCAGGAGCUUGUUGUGCCUGCCAUGUCUCGCGUGGCUUCUAAAGUAAAUUUCACGCUGUCAUACAUCGGAACGCCUACAGAACCCGACGACGGUGUAGCCUGCAUGCACGGCCCCGGCGAGUGCUUGGGCAACAUCCUUGAGCUGUGUGCCGCAUACCUGUAUCCGGAUCCCAAGAUUUACCUUGGUUUCACACUGUGCAUGAGCAAGCAGUAUCCUGAUAUCCCCAGCAGGGAGCUUGUGCAUGACUGUGCUUUGGAACAUGGCAUAGCGUUCGAAAAGCUCAAUGAAUGCGCUAGUCGAGAUGAGGGCGCAUUCGGCACAGGGCUGCUCCGAUCAAGUGUGAGACAUUCGAGUGAAGUCGGCGUAACCAUGAGUUGUACGAUCAGACUGAAUGAGAGUGUAAGGUGCAUUCGAGAUGCCAACGAGUGGAAGCAGUGUGAGAAAGGAAGUAGCGCGGAUCGUUUGGUGAGCGAAAUAAACACGCUCUGGAAAGAGAAGAACGCACCGAGAGAUGAUGAUUGGCAACGUGUAUUCAUUCGCUAGCUUUUUGUAUAAAAUGAUACCCACUGUACAAUUGACACUUAACGCGUGAUGCAAUAACGGAGUAAACUCCGACAUCAGGCCGCGACAACCUCUAAUCACUUUACCUAGGCUUGACUGUUUAUUUGCACAUAUAUAAAAUGGAAGUUUG